ACUACCCCACGACCCGCCCGACAGCUGCCGGCCCAUGAUUUCGCGCAACGUCUGACGAACUCUAUCUUGUUGUCGGGUCCGUCAGGUUGCGGAAAGACGGCAGCCGUGUAUGCGUGCGCCAAAGAACUUGGUUGGGACGUCUUUGAAGUGUAUCCCGGUAUUGGAAAGAGAAGCGGCCAAGGGUUGAUGGCAUUGGUCGGAGAAGUAGGCAGAAACCAUUUGGUCCGGAAAGCCCCGGUCGGCAAGAUCGCUUUUGAGAAGUUUCCCUUUGCUGGCAGUCCCCCGGCCAGAAACCCUCUUCAAUCUGGAACGCAACAACAACCUAUUUCGAUCGACUCGUCUAGUCCCCCAGACAACGGCAUUGAAUUCAUAGAAUCCAUUGAUUCCAGCGGAACGAAUAGAACUACUGCGCAGCAGCAGGCACGACUUCCCACACCAGCCCCAGAAACUGCCAGAGUAAGACAGUCGGUCAUUCUCCUGGAGGAGGUUGACGUGUUAUUUCGAGAAGAUGCCGGCUUCUGGCAAGCCGUCGUUGCACUCGUAAAGGACAGUCAUCGCCCUGUGAUUAUGACAUGCAAUGAUCCGAGCCUUGUGCCGAUGGAAGACCUGCCGUUGCAGGAACACCUCAUGUUGGAGCCACCAGCUUCAGAGCUGCUGAUUUCGUACUUGCAAUGUAUCACGUCCGCUGAAGGUCAU